AUGGCAUCGAACAACUACCAUCCGUACAAUUACCAAUACCAGCAAAGCUCUGCCCAACAGUACUCGGAAUAUCAGACUGCGCCGGCUUCGAACAACGCCGCGCAAUCGUCGCGCCAAUACCAACAGCCACCGACGAACCAAGCCCAGGAUUACAUGUCCUAUCAGCCACAAUCGUAUGCGAACCCGGGCAGUGGUUAUGGUGCUGGCCAAGACAAUUCGUGGAAUAGUAACAACUAUGGAGGAACCCGAGAGACGACCAGUCGUGCGGCUGAAGUCUUACGCAAUAUGAGCAACACAGCAUAUACUCCUACUGGUACAUUGGCGACAAACCACUCUGGCUUCACUGCGACAAAUGACGCAACUUCCCAAUCAAGCCGAUACGGCAGUGACGCUUCCCGUUCACCGCAAAUGCAGGCACAGACCCACGCCACCCUGUCUUCCUAUAGUCAAUCGCAAGCUCGCCCACGUAGCGUCAACACCAAUCGCACCCAAACGACAACGAAUCGAAACCUGCCAUCUCCAGCUAUGGCCGCAGGUUAUCCUUCGCAAAGGGUGCAGCAUCAGUACAAUGCGACGCCUGCCACAUCUGCAAGAGGGGCCGCCAUGACUGCUGCCGCAAACCCGCCGUAUACGGAUUAUAGCCAGCGACAGCUUCCCAGUGUCGAGGCCUCGCGAACUUCCCAGAAUACCACUACUUCGAACUCCUACAACUACACUAAUGCUCAAAUAUCAUCCACUCCAAUCGCUUCUUCCGCGCCCACAGCCAGUGUCGCAGAUACAUAUGCCGCCCAAGGCACUACAGUAGAUCCCAUGGCCGUGUACGAUCCAUGGCCCGAGUAUCAGCGGAAGCAGGACGCCCUGCGUGCUCAGAAGGCAGAGGAAGAGAGGGCUGCCGAAGAGUUGCGCAAGGCGGAGGAGCUGAAGAAAGAGGAAGAGGAACGCCAACGCCAAGAAGAGGAAGAAAGACUUCGACAGCCGAACCCGAAGACUAGGAAAGCUCGCAAACAACAAUCAAAUGUAGCUGAAGCAAUGCUUGUCGCGCCUGAGCCACCAGCGGCAUCAGGUGAAGCUCUCGAGGCUGAGAUUCGUGCUAUGAUGGCGAAAAUGCGAGAGCUGAACGGCAAAGACCCAGCGCUUCUGGCCCGUAUUUGGGAGGAAGAAAGGCGGGCCAAAGCUCCAAAAUCUCCGACUGUUCAAAAACCAACCACUCAAGCGACAGUUCCUGAACCUGCUCAGACUGUCCAAGCAAAUACUCCUCAAGCUGCCAACUCGAGGAAGAAGGCAGUUCCUCGGGAGUCUACUGCGAAGCCACCUGCCCCAGUUUCUGCUCCUGCUGUACCAGCUCAAGCCCAAGCAGCGUCUAAUCGAUCUGGUGGCAACACUAUCUGGCCACCAGAAAAGAAAGCACAUCUAGCUCAAGCAGCGGCAGCCUAUCUUACUAGUCAAAAUCCCAGCCACUCAUUGGACCCUAGUAAGAUACUUGGCAUGCUAAACAGCAACCCCUCUUACAUUGAGUUAUGCGAAAGACUGGAGCAGAUGGGAUUGAAGCUAGAUCGUGCAGCUUUUGCGAAGAGCCUCCUUACUGCUGUUCCCGAUGUUAAUUCAGCAUCCCGCAAAACGGCACCUCAACCGACACCUGUAGCUGCACCUAAAGCUCAGGUCCCUCCAGCUGUCAUGAAAAAAGAUGUUACUGUGUCUGCAGGAAACUUACAACAUACGCCUGCAGCUAUGUCACCUGCAAUCAGAGGCUCGUAUCCACCAUUUCCAGACAAUGAUUCCACCGCAGCUACGCCUGUGGCAGUUGCUGAGAUGAUACCCAUAAAAGCGGAACUCAAGCCACCGGCAAAUAAAGAAGAAGCGGCGCGGAAGCGAAACUUGAGUGAUCUGGUCGACUUGACAGCACUGUCUGAUGAGGAAGACAUGGGCCCGCCGCCGAAGAAACCUUACUCCAAUUCCAUGUAUCCCGAUGGACGCCCAUAUCCUCAAACUCAAGACGGCAUGGCUGUCGACAAGGAACCCGCGAUCACCAAUUUCCCCAUCGCCAAUGUGCCCUCCCGCCCACCUCAAGCUCCUGUAGUUCCAGUACAGCCGUCUGCCAACGACUUUCGACACCGAGUCUAUGUUGAUCACCUAGACAGGAAAAAGGCCAUUCGUCGGAAUAAUUAUAAUCCCGCUACAAUUGCGCGCGACGUGCUGCUUGCGUGUGGACGACACCCAUCAGAGCGUCCACUCAAUCAGCACCUGGAUGUUUUGAGGACAGCCUUACCGCACAUAUCAUUUGACUCCGACCUGAGCACGAUCAGGUGGGACGUGAUUGAUCCUGGAAAGCCUCCCCCGGGCUAUUUCAAGGACGGCGUUCAUCCUUUGUCAGAUGAAGCCGACGAUGAAGAGGAUUCUGACGAGGAGAGAGAAGCGCGUCCUCGGGCGCCCUCGAACGCGAUUGGCGGUGAAGGUGGGGCUCAAGCAAGGGCCCAAGCUUUACCUGAACCGUCCAACCCCUUCAAGCCGAAGCGACGAGGUCGACCUCCGCGUCAUUCUUUCCCCAAUUCUACAAUACCGACAACACCAAAGCGUUCGGCAAGCUCUACAGGUAUGAGCGUAAGUGCUCCGCGCCCUAGCUCUGCCGCUCCUGGAGUUGGCUAUAGCGCUUUCCGGUCCACCACCGCAUAUGGACCAGAUGGACAACCGUUGCCUAAGAAGAAGGGUCGUCCAGUUGGAUGGCGAAAAGCCAUUCAUGGGUCCGCUACUGCGCAAACACGGCCGUCUGCGAAUGGCUAUACAGGUCCGCGGAAACAACAUCAACCCUCGCAGCCCAGUAGUUUGCGCAAUGUUCGAACUGGUGGAGACGAGCCCAUCCGGAUCGAUUCGCGUUCACCCAGCGUCGCAAACCGUGUUCCCCAAUAUCAAUCGUACAGUUGCAAGUGGCAAAACUGCAAAGCCGAGCUCCACAAUCUGGAAACGCUCAUGAAGCACGUCUUCAAGGUCCACAGGAAAGAAACGCUUCACCAUACUCUGGAGUGCUUGUGGGCUGAAUGCGGCAAGGAAGUCACCAACCACGACCCCAUGACUAACAUGAGGAUCGAGAAGUACACACCACAGUCCUUUGACCUGGAGUCCAAUUGGCGCAAUCAUAUCAAGCAGAACCAUUUGGAGCCGCUAUCAUGGGAGCUUGGCGAUGGACCAGCCAGUGGUCUCUCUGACGCGCAUGAAUCUGAGGCUUAUCUUAGCGAUGCUCAAGGUCGUCAAGUCACUCCGCGCAUUACCAUCGAUCACGAGCGCUUCCAAGCGGACAAAUUGAUGUGUCAGGGUGCAACAGCAAUCCCUCGAGGCCGUGGACGUCCUAAGAAAGCGGCAGAGCACGAAGCCCGCGAUGUACAGGCCCGCCUGGUGUCGCAUAAAAGACGCAUUGGUGGGCCGGGCAUGGAUCGUGGAGGUGCGACACUUGUUAACGACAAGCGCAGGAAAGGGUUCAAUGACAAUAGUGCAAUAGAAGAGGAGCUGGUCGAUGUAGAAGACUGA